AUGGUGAAAAUCAGAGCAGUUCCCUCGCCCUAUGAGAUUGUAAUGGCCCUUUCAUACACGUGGUGUCCCUCUGUGCACUGGGAGAUCCUCAGCACAGGGGCCAACCUCACUGUACCUCCCUCAUGUGUCCUUGCCUCCCUCUUGGCCAAAGCACAGGGAGAGGUGGCACAGGACUGGCUUCACUGGUUUGUGCCUGGAUCAUGGUUGGAUGACCUGCAUGCUUGUGCUGACCCUGGAGCUCCUGAGCAUGGAUACAAGACACCCAGUGCUGGUGUCUUCUUUGAAAGCGUGGUAGUCCGGUUUCAUUGCCAAGAAGGAUACAGGCUUAAUGGUACUUCAAAAAAACUUUGUGUGAGACACUUUAAUGGCUCCCUGAGCUGGAAACCAAGUGAUAAACCUGUGUGCCUACAAGAAGUCACAGAUUGCCUUGUUCCACACGUUGAAGAUGCAGAGGUUCAUAACAAGACAUACAGGACUGGCGAUAAAUUAAUAAUCAGCUGUCAUGAAGGAUUCCAGAUCCGUUACCCUGACUUAGACAACAUGGUUUCAAUAUGUCAAGACGAUGGAACAUGGGAUAAUCUGCCCAUUUGUCAAGGUUGCCUGAGGCCAUUGGUUCUUCCUCAUAGUUACAUUAACAUAUCUGAGUUCGAGUCCUCCUUCCCCGUAGGAACAGUGGUGUAUUAUCAAUGCUUUCCUGGAUAUAAACUAGAAGGGGCAGAGUUCCUUGAGUGCAUGUAUAACCUUAUCUGGUCAGAUAGCCCACCUAGGUGCCUUGAUGUGGAAGUUUGUCCACUACCUCCAAUGGUGAGUCAUGGAGACUACAUCUGCCACCCACGGCCUUGCGAGCGUUACAACCACGGGACGGUGGUGGAGUUUUACUGUGAUCCUGGUUACACCCUCACCAAUGACUACAAGUACAUCACCUGCCAGUAUGGAGAGUGGUUCCCCUCCUACCAAGUAUACUGUGUCAAAACAGAGCAAACCUGGCCAAAUACACAGGAGACCCUCCUGACUACAUGGAAAAUAGUGGCGUUUACUGCUACCAGCGUUUUAUUAGUACUGCUACUGGUUAUUUUAGCCAGGAUGUUCCAGACCAAAUUUAAGACACAUUUCCUCCCACGAGGCAACCAGGAGAGCUCCAUGGGUGACCCCGACUUUGUGGUGGUGGAUGGUGUUCCUGUCAUGCUGCCUUCCUAUGAUGAAGCUGUGAGCAGCGGCUUGAAUGCUCUGGCACCCGGAUACUCAGCUACUGCAGACCAGGGGCAUGUUUUGCAGACAGAAGACCAGAGCCCUCCUGCUUACCCCGGCCCCAGGAUUACAGACACGCUGCCUAGUGAAUCUGAGACCUGUGACAAUAGGUCAGACUCCUCUGAACUGCUCCAAAGCUUGUACCCGUCCCCAGCAUGCCAAGUGGCAGCACUUCCCCGUUCAGAUAGAACUGAUGUAUCCCAUGGCACUGCUGGGGAGGCUGCAUCCACGAGUCCAAGGAUUGAUAUUGCAGAUGAGAUUCCUUUGAUGGAAGAAGACCCUUAGCCUGCACAGAGACUGGUCUUCAUCGAAUUGCACCAUUGGGUGAUGUGAAUCAUGAGGAUCUAGAGAUAGAAAAGACUAUCUGUGGAUUUGGGGAGGGUUUUUUCCUACAUAUCAAUCUUCCAUGUAAUGAUGUCACCAGAGUAGGUGUACAUCUUAAUCCACAGCAGGGAUAAGAGCAUCAGCAUUUGGAACAGCAGCAGUUUUAUGAAUGAAUCCUGGGGAUUUGAUGUGAGCAGAUGUAGAAAAAGAACUGUGGCUUUUUAGAAAUGAAAUGUGUAUCUGCAUCGCAGAAAGUCAUAUGGUUCUGUAAGAAAUGCUAUUGGAUUUUGAUACUAACUGCCUCACAAAAGCAUGUCAAAGUAUGUAAAUUUGCUUAUAAAGACUGCUUUAAAUGAUCUAUGGACCUCUAGUUUAUGAAGAAUCCUUACACAUUUAAAAAAAUACUAGUACUGAAAUACACAAAAAAAAGAGGAAAGAUCCUCUUUGGCUUUCCUACAGUGACCAGGAAGCUUUUGAUUUAGCUGUUGGUGAUUUUGUUUCAGACCAUGUCUGCAGAGAAUAUAACAGAGAUGAUGGGAUUCAUAUAUACUUUGAUGUAUGAUAGCAAAUAUAUAUAAAUAUAU